AUGGGUUGUUUAUAACCUAAGAAACUAAAUAGGAUAGUUGCUAUGUAAACUACUAAUAAAGAUCUCGUAUUCACUUCUACUGCAGAUAUUCAUAAACUUUAUUCGUUUGGUAAAGUAUUAGGGAUUGGUGCUUUUGGAAAAGUAUUAACUGCGAAGAUGAGAAAUAAUAAUUCGAAACAUUAUGCGAUUAAAAUGAUAGAUAAGAGAAAAGUAAGAGGGAGAGAAGCAAUGUUAGCAAAUGAGAUAUAUGUCUUAUAGAAGUUAGAUCAUCCUAAUAUAAUUAAAUUUUAUGAGGUAUAUCAAAAUGAACUAUACUUUUACAUAAUUAUGGACUAUUGUGAAGGAGGGGAAUUAGUGGAACGAAUAUAAAAAAGUCAAAAAAAUCUUAGUGAAGGUCAAGUGCAGAACAUUAUAUUUAAAGUAAAUAUUAAAUGUUAACUGAGAUCUGUUCAGCAAUUAUGUAUAUCCAUGAAUAGGGUAUUAUACAUAGAGAUAUAAAGCCUGAAAAUAUUUUAUUUUCAACAAAAGAUCCAAAUGCUGAACCAAAAUUAAUCGAUUUUGGAUUGGCUAUAAAAUUUGAUUCAAGCAAUCUUAAGUAUUUAUAAAUUAUACAUAUAUUAGAUAAUUAAAAGCUGCUGUAGGUACUCCAUUAUAUUUGGCACCAGAAGUUAUUGAAGGUAAAUAUAAUGAGAAGUGCGAUGUUUGGAGUUUAGGCAUUUUGCUCUUUCAUUUAUUAUGCGGUUAUCCACCAUUUUAUGGAAAGAAUAGAACAGAUCUUUAUGAAAAUAUCUAAUAUUAAAAUGUAAUAUUCUCAUUAUCUAUAUGUAGUUGAUAUUUGAUAGAAGACAUUGGAAUAAUGUUAGUGAUGAAGCUAAAGAUUUAAUUAAAAAGAUGUUGAAUAAAAAUCCAAAUAUUAGACCUAGUGCAAAAGAUUGUCUACGUCAUUCUUGGUUCAGAAGAAAAUUUUAAAAUCCUGUUAAAUUGUAAAGAGGAAGGAGUACUAUAAUUUCAAUGAAAUCACCUUAAUCUGAAGAUUAAAGAUCAAUAUAUUAAAUGUUAAAAACAUUUAGAAUAGGUGCUAAAUUUAAGAAAGAAGUCAUGAAAGUGUUAGUCAAUUAAAUGAAUGAAAAAGAAUUGGGGAGAUUAAAAUAAGUAUUUUAGAAAAUAGAUGUUGAUAAUUCAGGAACUAUUACUGUAUAAGAAUUGAAAGAAGCAUUAAUGGAAGAAGUAUAAAUAAUUAAUAAAAAUAGGGAUCACAUAUAAGUCAUGAAGAAAUAGAAUAAUUAAUAUAACUUGUAGGAUUUGAGAUUUUGGAAGAGGAUAAAGAUGAUAAUGAUUGUGCAUCUACAACUAAAUCAACAAAACCACUUGUUAUUAAAUAUAGUGAUUUUCUAGCUGCAUGUAUAGAUGAAAGAAGAGUAUUAACUAGAGAAAAAGUAAUAUAUAUUAUUAUUAUUAUUUAGUUAUGGUCUGUAUUCAAAUAUUUUGAUACUUAAGACGCUAAUUUUAUAAUGAAAGAAGACAUUAAAGAAGCAUUGGCAAGACAUGGUAGAUAAUUAUCAGAUGAAAAAAUAGAUGAAAUGAUUUAUGAAAUUGAUCCUAAUCAUGAUAAUAAAAUUAGUUUUGAAGAAUUCUGUUAAAUGAUGGGUGUUGCUGGAGUUGAAUAAACUAUGGAUUUUAAGGAUGAAAUAAAAGAACAUUUAAUUUUUCAACAAUCUCAAGAAUGA